AUAAUGCCUACUGAAGUUUUUACCAAACUUGGUCUGCUGACUUAAUGCGAUGCAGAAGCAGUAUAUCUCCAAUUUCAGCUUUCAAGUUUAAGUAGUUUAGGAGUUAUAGAGUUUGUAAUUUGUUACCACUUCGGCCCUACUUUAGGAAAUAUCCUCUUCGUCUCCUUUUUAUUUCUGUGAUGCUAUAAACUCUGACUAUAUUAACUGUUUAUCAGAAUAGUAGGCUUAUCCAACUGGAGUAUCUAAAAUAAUGUCUCAUAAGAGAAGUGCUUGUGUCACUCAAAGAAACAAAAAAAUCUGGACGAAGAAUCUCAUGGAAUUUCAAGACUCACAUAGGAAAAGAAGACCUGUUCCUCUGGAAGAGCAUUCUUUGGAAAACAACUGCAGGAUACCAAUAAAACUUCAAAUUGUCGGUCGCUACUUGUUCCUUGGAGGUACCAUCAAAGGAAGGAAAGGGAAAACAAAGGAAAUUUCGAAAGAAGUAACUUUUUUAUGGCAAAAGAAAUUAAAUUUCUCAUAUCUAUCAAUUCAAAAUGUACAAGCAAAAGUAGAAAAAGUGCUGAAUACCUACGAUAAAUGUGUAAAACAAGGAAAAUAUGAUUCAUUGAAAGGAACUUUUGACAUCACAAAGGAAAACGGUGAAUGGCUGUACAGUGAGGACAGAAGUUAUAUUAUCUUCAAAUUGAAAGCAAGGGACAGUUUGUGUAUGCAACUGGAAAGGCAGCCAGUUCCAAAACAAUCCAUCCAUCCAAAAGAAGAAAAGUGUCCUUAAUGCCAACUUCAGCCAGAGCAACUACAGU